AUGGUCUUCUCCACCACCUCCACCUCCACCUCCACCUCCUCCUCUUCAAACACCACCGAAAGACAAGCUCGACAUACACCUUGUGAGAAUUGCAGAACCCAUCGACGCAAAUGCACGGUGCCUCUUGGAACGCAAUGCGAGCGAUGUCAACGGAUGGAUCUUGUGUGCCUGUUCAAGUAUUCCAAGCGUACCAAGGCUGCCUUUCAAUAUCCACAGUGUGGAGAGAAGAAGGUGUACAAGCGGAAACGGAUAUCCAUGACCCAGAAACAGAUGUUGAUGGAGGAUGUUGAGCAACUUGAGCGACUUGUCGUAUCCACGGAAGCCGAUAUGGAGUCGUUGUCCAGCAUGAAACCGUUGUUAAGCAUCACAAGUUGCCACCAAAGAUUGCGAUUGGAAACAGCACCUCUUCACAGCAUGGCAGAUAUGAUUGCAUUAUUGGAGCAUGCAACUCGAUCCUUGUCACCCAUCAUGCGCACUCCUCGUUACUUUUCCGACAGUUCCCAAGGGAUGCUUCACAUUACUCAACAAAUAUCACAAGUCGAGCAGACAUUACGGCGAUUCUUUACACGCGAUGCAGCUGUACUUCCAUCACCACCCACUUCACCUCUUCAAUUUGACGAUGAUGAUAGCUCCAUGACUCAAAUCAAACGACGUUUCAUCAAUGCCUAUUUCUCAUGCGGCUGCUACAUCAAACCAAUCCUUGUUCGUCCCUAUUUUUUACCUCUUUUGCUUGACAAUCCACAUUCUAUGCUUGCCAACGCCAUCAUCGCCAUCGUCGCUUUUGGAAUAUGCAACCACAUCUCAAUCAUCGAUUUACCCAUCAGUCGUAAAAUGCUUGGAGCAGCAUGCAUGGAAAAGGCUUAUACCCAAUUACGAGAUGCACUAUUUGAUCAAGAGCCCGGACUUGAAACGUUGGCAACAUUACGAUGUUUGGCAGGUUGCCACCUUUUGCUACUGAAAUCAGAUGAUGCAAGGAAGUUUACAAGUCUUGCUUGGCGUAUGGCACUUCAACUCAAGGAUACCUAUCUCGGCACAUUGAAAAGCAUUGAACGAGAUCACAGCUCUGUAUACGUUACGACAUCCAUGAAAGCACGAGCAGAGACAUGGCGACGAUUAUUUUAUGAUAUCCGCUACAUUGAGCUCAAUUUAUGCAUGAUGUACGAGGGGGAAGCCGAUUUCUCAUCAUUGGUAUUAAGUGCCAAACAUAUCGGGUGUCCUAUUGUUUUGGAUAUUGAGCAAACGGAUCCUGCAUCAUCAAGAAAAGUGGAGGCGUAUCGAUAUCUUAUUGCAUUGUCAAUGUUGCCAGGUGGAUCUCCAGCAUCAGAAUGGACGACUCGAGAAGAGAUUGUGGGAUAUCGAUUGUAUGCGGGCGUGAUUGACAAGGUGUCAUGUGCAGAUAUUGAGCAUAUCGAAGGUCAUCUUGUUGAUUUUUGGAUGAGGCUGCCGCGGGAUUAUGUGCUUGCAGAUUCGCCACUGAUGGCAGUUCUGGAUAUGAAUCGUGUACGGGAAUGCAAUAACCCCGAUGUGCUGUACCUGAACGAGAUUUACUAUUUGUAUUGGACCCUGUUGGAGAUGCGGUUUAUGGCAACCCCGAGUACAGCAGAUCUUAGUACAACAUCUUUGGGACGAUAUGAUGGUGAGCGGGCGUUGCUCAUUGUCUCUGUGUGUUGCGAUGCUUUGACCAAAGUAGCACUUGCGUUAUAUGAAAUCAUGCCAUGUGCUCUGGAUAUCCAUUGGUUGGUGCUUAUUGCCGAUUUAUUGGUGAAACUCAAGGACGUAGCAGACCCGGAUGUCAAAUCACGUGCUCAACAAAACCUCCAAUGGACAUUGAGAAUGUUGGGCAAUUUCAUGAUCCCAUUUGGACAACCCUAUCCUCCUCAUCCUCCUCCACUGAUGCCUAUCCAUCAACACUACCAGCAACAACAGUAUCACCCAUCUUCACCUUGGAUGCCAGUAGCUUUUUAUACCGAGAUCCAGCGACUUGUUGCAGUCUACUUUGCAAAACAAAUGAAACAGAUAUGGUAG